GGAGAGUCACACCAGGGCAGCUCACAUCCUAUAUUCAGCUCUUCAAGAACAACCACAAAGCUCUAAUGAAUCACUGUGGUCUCCUACAACUUGGGCUGGCUACAGUUCAAACUCUGAAACACCUGCAGACUACCAAAUGGGACAAUUUUCUGGCUUUUGAGAGGCUCCUUCUCCAGAGCAUUGGGGAGUCUGCGAUGUCUAUUGUGUUAAAUCAGCUGCUGCCCAUGAUAAAGCCUUUUAACCAGAGGACCAAAGAUGACUAUAGCCCUGAAGAGCUGCUGAUCCUCCUGAUAUACAUUUAUUCUGUCGCUGGAGAAUUCACAGUGGACAAAGACCUGGGUGAGGCUGAGGAAAAAGUCAAGAAAGCAUUGGCUCAGGUCUUUUGUGAGGAAUCCAAGUUGUCACUGCUGUUGCAAAAAAUCACGGGCUGUGACUCUUCAAUUAACCUGACAUUGCACAAAUCCCAAAUCGCUGUGGAUGAACUCUUUACUUCACUUCGGGACAUUGCUGGCGCUCGGAAUCUCAUGAAACAGUUUAAGUCUGUAUAUGUUCCUGGAAGUCAUACCCAUCAGGCCUCCUAUAAGCCAUUGCUGAAACAAGUUGUGGAGGAAAUAUUUAAUCCAGAGAAGCCAGAUCCCGUUGAUAUUGAACACAUGUCUUCAGGCCUCACUGAUCUCCUUAAAACUGGAUUUAGCAUGUUCAUGAAGGUGAGUCGGCCUCAUCCCAGCGACCACCCUCUUCUCAUCCUCUUCAUGGUAGGCGGGCUCACAAUCUCCGAAGCCAAGAUGAUCAAAGAUCUUGUGAUGUCUCUGAAACCAGGAACCCAGGUCAUUGUGCUGUCCACACGGCUCCUGAAAGCACUUAACAUUCCUGAGCUGCUAUUUGCAACUGACCGGCUACAUCCAGACCUCGGCUUCUGAGCAUCUGCAAGGAGAUAAGACCUAACAGAACUGGAAAUACCAAUACUAUUGUCCGUCACCAUUCAAGAUAUGCCGCCCAAGCCAAAGUGCCCCUGUUACUAAUUGUGGGUAUGAUUGAAUUCUGCCUGAAGGGUCUUGAUAACCAGGCAGAGAGAUACUUUACUUGGAUUGCUACAGUUAUUC